AACAAUUUCUUUUUGUUCUUUCUGUUACCCCUCGUACUUGACAAUAAGAAAAUUUUACGGCUGAAAUAUGUUGAGUUGAAAUUUUGUAUCUUGCGUAUAGACAUUAAUUGUAUUUUAAGUAAAAUCUUUAUAAUGGCUAGUCCACAUACUCGGCGCGUUCUUCAGGAGUUAAAACCACAGGCUGAAAACUCGAAAUGCUUUGAGUGCGGCACACAUAAUCCGCAGUGGGUUUCAGUGACGUAUGGCAUAUGGAUAUGUUUGGAAUGUUCGGGCAAACAUCGAGGCCUAGGAGUGCAUAUAUCGUUUGUGCGUUCAGUAACUAUGGAUAAGUGGAAAGAUAUUGAAUUGGAGAAGAUGAAGGUUGGAGGGAACAGUAAAGCUCGAGAAUUUUUUGAAGAGCAACCUGACUGGGACGAUCGUGCACCUAUUGCACAACGUUACAAUUCUAGGGCUGCUGCCUUGUACCGCGACAAAAUAUCCACUUUAGCUCAGGGCAAAUCAUGGGACUUGGCGGAUGCACAUACCCGUAUUUCGGUUUCUGGUGCUUUCGAAGGUGGUUGUUUGGGUGAUACAAAUACCAGAUAUAUGUCCCACUCUAAGAGCAGCGGGUCACAGGGCUCUGAUGGUGGUUAUCAAACAGAAACAAACAUGGGUGGUGGGUUUCACACAAACAAUUAUCAACAGUUUAAUACUCCAGCGUUCAAGGAGCAAAAAGAAGAGUUCUUCGAGCGCCGAAAAAUGGAGAAUGCAUCAAGGCCAGAUAAUUUGCUUCCAAGUCAAGGCGGAAAGUAUUCUGGCUUCGGGUAUUCCCGCGAUCCUCCACCGAAGACACAGUCUCAGGAAAUUAUAGAUUCGACGCUCUCUUCUUUGGCUUCGGGUUGGAGCUUGUUUUCCGCAGGAGCAUCGAAAAUUGCUAGUACGGCCAAGGAGAAAGCUGUCACGACAGUAAGCUUGGCCUCGUCAAAGAUUAAAGAAGGCGGUUUACUAGAAACCGUCCAAGGUCAUGUUUCCGACGUAGCUUGCAAGGUAUCAGAUAUUGGUAAAAGAGGUUGGAGCAAUAUUGGAGGAAACAACGUUGCGUCCAAUCAAUUUAAUGCAGUUGGAAACAACAAUGGCUGCAAUGAUAAUUCCUAUCAGCGCUCACAUUCCAUUGGGGGAGACGGUGACUGGGAUUGGGAAAAUAGUACGUCAAAGCCAACUAUGACUCAGUCGAAUUCAUACCACCAUCAACUGGGGGAAAUGAACGAUAAUGACUGGACAGGAUUCGACGCAGCGGGAUACCAAAAUUCUUAUCAACCAACAAAAAGUUCUGGUGAUGAACUGGAUACCGUUCCAGUUCGUAAGAAUUUGAAACUUCAAACGACUUCUCAAAAAUUGUGCGAAGGAUUUAGUAAUAUUGAUGUUAAAAGUGUGCCCAAUAAGAAUAUCAAGGAUGGAAAAGCGACGGAGGAAGAUGCUGCUUGGGAUUUGUUAAUGAACUAAAUAAAAUAUUAAAUUUUCCAAUUGUUUAAAACGUUCUUAUACUUCUAAAUGUGUCGACCAUCGGAAUUAUGUAAAAAUGACUCAAUUUAAAUAAAUAUCCAUAAUACGGAAAAUUUGCACUAAAAUUAA